AUGCCUGACUACCUGCAAAUUUCUGACUGUGUCGUCAAUGUUCUCUUCAUUGUCCCGGCAUUCUACCUCGAGGCCCAUAUCAAAAAGUGCAAGCCCCUUUUCUCUCCGCGGUUUUCUCGCUGGCUCACGCAGACGGAGUUCGAGGCGAUCGAGAGGAUAUGGGCGAUCCUAAACGGUAUAGCGUCCAGCACCAGGGAGAUGAGGCCUGGACACCAACGCGAUACCAUUGACGACUUCUGCGGGCACGCGAACUGGAUGAAGACCAUCAAACUUGAUUCGAGCUUACUCAGAAAGCUAGUCGUCACCAUACCCGCCGUGUUAGACCACCGAGCAGCUUUACGAGGAUUCGAGGAGAAUUUAGGGAAGGAGGCUCCAGCGGUCUUUGCAUCGUGGGUACGGAUGUAUGAGGAUUGGGAGGAAGGCGAGGAUAAAGCGCUCGAUAUGACCGAACAGGUCUUCAAGGGUCGUCGAUCCGAAGCCGAAGCCAUCCCCCUCUACCUUCCUUCCAGUCUCCCUCCCAAAAUUCGAGCAGAAACUUGCUCCGGCGACCUGAUGGAUGCAGAACGGCAACUCCAUGAGGCCGAGGCUUUCAACGCGCUGGAGAGCCUUUGA